AUGUAUAGUACAAUAGAGGCUAUUGGAGGAGAAGGACAACAACAGCAGCCGCCUGGGUGGUAUCAGGUGAUGAUGGAUAAACUUGAGACAAUCCAAAAGGCGUUACAGAGUGGAUCGGAUAAUGAAAAUGCGUCUGUUGACAUGGCAACAACAAUCAAAAAGAAGCAUAAUCCGACAAUGACAGCCAACGUCGAUCAUCGGAUGCUGCAACAUCAUCAGGGUGCAAUUCAAGAGCUGCGUCAAGAUUUGGGAAUAUUGCGUCAGAUUGCUUCUGAGUUCCAGUGCGAAACAAAAGCCAUGUUGGACGAGAUGCGAGGUAAAGCAUACGAGUAUUGCAACAAGCAACGACAAGUCCUUUUGGGCGGGCAAACAACACCAUCAUCAUCAUCAUCAUCGGGUGACACCAAUGCAAAAGGGGUUUGCGGAGAAGGAGAUAAACACCGCCGACACUACCUGCAGGAAACAAAAGAUCGUUCCGAAUCCACAGCCACCCAUAUUACAACACGGUUACAGGAUCUUCAGGAUACCAUUGAUCAGCUCAAACUGGAUGUGACUCAACGACGUUGUCGACCUUCAACGACACAGCUGGAGCAUUGUGAACAAGAAGUGGCUGAUUUGGACAAGGAGAUUGACGCGUUUUGCCAACUGCUCAAAGAGGCCAAACCCAUUUGGAAGUUGGUAUGGGAACAAGAGCUUCAAAAUGUUGUUCAAGAGCAGCAAUUUCUCAAAGAGCAAGAAGCCCUUGUUUUGGAUUUACGAGAUGACCAUGCUGAUCUGGUGCAAGUAUUGAAGCAGCUUCAAAAAGUGCAUGAGAUUCAAACACGUCAGCGUGAUAAUGGAGGAAAUGCAUCCUCGUCCUCUGUCAGAUCCAUAUUUCCUGCAUUAUCGAUCGGUGGUGAUGGUAGCAACAAUAACACUAGCAGCAGCAGCAGUAUUCAUUACGGAGGAGGAGAACCAGGGGACAUGGCAAGCGUACUAAAACAGGUCACCACCAUCGAUGUCGACCACACGAAACGUGUCAAAGCCAUGGAGCAAGCAGAGAAGAUGAGAGCACGUGAGCUUGCUAAUCGAAUCGAUGACUUUGAAAAAGAGCUGACUGCCUUUGUGGAUGCAAAGAAACUUAAACGAACAGGCGGAGCAGAACAAGUGGAUCGUCAGCGGAAGCAAAAAGAUGAACAACUUUUGAAAGCUCUCUAUUCUAAUAGUAAUAAAGGCAUAUGA